AUGCUGAAGAAAAAAGUCACCAAAGUAAAGAAGGCAAACGCUGAGGAGGGAAAGAAAGAUGUGAAACAGGAGUCAAAAGCGGAAAAGGAGUCAGACAUUGAGGGGGCCCGGACCAAUGCAGCCAUCUGGGAGCUGAGGUUAAAGACCACCGAAACGUCACUGGCAGAGUGCACCAAGAGUUGCUACAAGCUGGGACUGGCUAACCAACAGCUCACCGACCAACUGUACCACACAGAGAAGGACUCUCUCGCUGUGACUGCUUCACUGUACAGAAAAACUGACGCUCAAGCGGAGGAGAUUAUAAUGCUGCAAAAAAGCCUCAAGACUCAAGAGUUACUCGCGCGUGAAGAGAAAAACAAACUGACUGAAGAUUACACACUACAAAUCAAUGAGAUGAAGGAACUGUUGAGAAAGAAGUCCAGUGAUUUUGACAGGAUCCAGGAGGAAAUAUUUCAGAUGGAGCAUGAGCUUAAAGAUAUGAGAGAAAGCAAGGAUGCUGCUGAGAAGGCGUACAGGGAAAAUCUAAAACAAAUGGAGCACAAGUUCUCGGAGGAAAAGGCUCAGCUGGAGAGAGAAGCUGAGGAAAGGAAAGUCGUACCUGAGAAGGCCUGCAAUGAAGCUAUGCAGUCCGCAGAGAUCCCCCGACUCAGUGAGCUCAGUGAUGCGCUGGAAUAUCUCAUGAAAGAAGUAAAGGAGCUUGAAAAAGAGAAAAUUUCAUUGGCAGAGGAAAAUGUAUCUCUGGCAGUGGACAAGAACACGUUGGAGUCGAUUGCAAAGAAGAAUGUAGCUCAGAUAGAGACCCAGAAAAAGCAGCUCAUUCAACUGAGGGCUAAAGUAGAAUCCCUGGAAGUUAAAGUUAAGAAAUCUGUGCGAGAGCUAGAAAGGGAAAGAGAAAAGACUCAGGUUGUGACCCAGGCCAGUCAGAUAGAGUUGGAGAAGCUGCAGAAGGUGCUUGCCAUGCGGGAGAGGGAAUUAGCGCACAUCAAGAGGUUAGCGGGAACCAUUGUGGAGCAGCACACGGAGCUGUCACAGUUCUUCCAUGAUGCCCUUCAUCACGUGAGGCAGGAGAUCACAGCCAGCAGGUUGCAGCACAAAAAGGAGGCAGAGAAGGAUUAUCGCUGGAGGAUGAGAGAAACCACAGCGGGAAGGCUGAAGUUCCCACCCAUCCGCACCUUUCAUCAGUGCCCCCCCAGUACCAACUCUGUUUGUACAGACAUGGAGGCAGCUGCAUGGUGGGGUCAUUUGCCAGGAAGCAAAGUUCAAAUCUCAGAUCUCACCUGGGAGCAGAAGGAACAAGUGCUCAGUCUUCUCUUUGCUAAAAUGAAUGAACGGGCCACAAGGAAAGUGAGUAACCCUCUUACUCUGUCUGCCUCCUCUGAGAAGAGCCACAUUGACAGUGAUGCUGCUGGAAUUAAAGAGGAGCAAUCCCCAGCGACUUUCAACACAGAGAUGCCUGAGCCCACUCUGCCCCCGAACCCAAACAGCCCACCGGAUAUGCACACCACCUGACCUCUGUUUGGCCUCUGCAGUGAACAUUGAACUCUGCUGUUCGCCUUUGUUUUGUACACGUCUACAAAUGGAGCACAAAUGUUUGUUUGUUCUUGUUAUAAAUAUCUUAACGUGCAUGUAUACACCUCUCAUGAGUAUUGUUUCAUGUAUGAAGCUUGUUCUUAUCUAUUUAAAGGCUUUGUCCUCAAGUAAAAACUACUUUCUGGAGUUUUGAUCCCAAAAUAUGUACCAGG